CGAUUUCGCAACCAUUCCAAUCUCAAAACUCGCCGCGACCCGUCUAGGGAACGUUGCUGAAAUUGAAGUGAACGCGUGAAUAGUGCUUUUCAAUAUGGCCGUUACGAGUGCUAGAAACAUUGUGGAAAACAACUUACAAGAAAAGGGGCAUUUCGAACAUGACAAUGAACGGAUUAUCGAAAAGUAUACGUUGGCAGAUAAAUUGCCGUCACAGCUCAAAGAACUCAACCUCCGGCCCAGGAACAUCUCCAAGCCCGCUUACAGUCUUCGGAAGCUCAGCACCAGUGAUAAAGGACCGGUCAUCGAAUUUCUCAGAAAAUUCUUCUUUCGAGAUGAGCCCUUAAACCUCACAAUUAACCUGCUGGAAACUCCGGAGUCCCGGUGCUUUGAACUAGAGGAUUACGCAGCCAGCACUCUUCAGGACGGCGUCUCCGUUGCUGUCGUAGAUGACCAGGGCAAUUUUGUAGGAAUGGUGAUUAAUGGCAUUGCCAGGAGAGAGGAAGUCGACUACAGUGACAAAUCGGAUGAAUGUCCUCACCCAAAAUUCAAGAAGAUUUUGAAACUAUUGAAUUAUUUAGACCGCGAAGCAGCAAUUUGGGAAAAGCUACCUCCUACCUGCGAUACUGUGCUGGAGAUCAGGAUAGCUUCCACGCACAGUGACUGGAGAGGACGAGGCCUCAUGAGAGUGCUUUGUGAGGAAUCAGAACGUAUUGCUAAGGAAAUAGACGCAGGCGCUUUACGCAUGGACACGACGUCUGCCUUCUCCGCCGCAGCAGCCGAGAGGCUGCACUACAAGAGCGUCUUCAGGGUUUUGUACUCGGAAAUUCCUUACGCGCCUCAUCCAGACCCACCGCACAGCGAGGCCAGAGUCUACCUUAAACAAAUCUAAAUUGUUCUCCAAACUUUUUCUUCUUUUCCUACUGUACCUUUCCUUUUUAAAUGUUAUAGAGAGCCGUGUAAACCUGUAUGGCAAUAUUUGUAAUUCAUUUGUUACCUAAUUACAAAUUAAUUACAAAUAUUGCCAUUGCCAUUGCGAUAGAAAGGAUCCGACGAUCCAAAUUGUGUUUUUUAGUAGAUUUACUUAGUUUGAAGAAAUAUUUUCUGUUUAAUAAUAUUAAUGUAAGAUAGAUUUAAGCAAGUGUAUAGUAAUUAUAAUUUUCUGUGGUUUUAUAUUAUAGUCUUUAGAUAGUUCCCGCCGCGCAAGUCUCUGAAGUCAGGGAUUGAUUUUUUUUGUGCUGCGUUGAAAAUUAUACGAAACGUUAUGGAAUGUAAAUAACAAGUAUUAUUUAAGUAAUAAAAUGUAACAUAAAAUCUUGUAA